AUGCAGCUCCGCCGUGUCGUCGUCGCGCUGGCCCUCGCGGCCGGCGCCGCCUUCACGCUGCCGACGCGCCGCCACGCGAUGCAGCCUCUCCGCGCGGCAGAUGAAAUUUGUGGAGAGUGCGACCCGAUGAGCCCGUUCUCGGACGGCUGCCGGCCCUGCGCCGACGGGCGGUCCGUGUUUGUGGGCGACACGAAGGUCACGUCGAAGACGCUGCGAGACAUUGACGUCGUGUCGGCCAACGGAAAUCGCGUGCGGUUAGACGACCUGAUGGGGAGGAAAGCGUCCGUCGUGGUCUUCCUCCGCCACCUGGGAUGACCCUACUGCUGGGACUACGCGAACGCGUGGAGCAGCCCAGCUUAUUUGCGGAGUUUAGAUAGGGCGGGCGUCGCGGGCCCGGUGUUCAUCUCCGUCGCGCCGCGCGAGACCGCGGCCGAGAAGAUGAACAAAUUUCUGGACAUUAAUCCGAUGGUGCCGCGGGAACGGUUGUUCGUGGACGACUCGCCGACCUUCGCGGCCUACGCUUCCGCGGGUUUCAAGAACAUUGGAGAGGACCAGAAGACGUCCUUGGCGGAUGCCACGAAGCUCACGGCCCCUCGCUUGUCUGCAGGAGCCUGGUGGCGCUACCUCACGAACGUGGCCUCGCUCUCCCCGGUGCCCGACGGUUUGAAAUUCGGCGAGGUGCCCGAGGGCGUGCUACGGCUGGGCGGGACUUUUGUGGUUGAUGAUGAUACGGUCCGCUUCGCGCAUGCGGAUAAGUUCCCCGGCGACCACCCGGCCAUCGCGGACGUGCUGCGGGCGGCGGGCAUCUCGCUCGUCGACGCGGAGGGCGUCGCGGUCUAG